UACAGCGAAACAUCACUGCAUCCGGAACACCUUCCUACGAUCCAUUUUGUUAGCAGUUGUAACCACACACUGUAGUAACACAGAUCUGAUGUGAUCAUCGUUUAAAACGUUGAACAAACUCACAGCUACAAUGGACGACCGUCAGCUAGACCUGACAGAGGCGCAGAAAGCUACCAAGUCAAAAUACCCGCCAAUCAACAAGAAAUAUGAAUACCUGGAUCAUACAGCAGAUGUACAAAUUCACUCCUGGGGAGACUCUCUGGAGGAAGCCUUCGAGCAGUGUGCCAUGGGCAUGUUCGGCUACAUAACGGACACAGAGACAGUGGAACCGCUUGAUACUGUUGAUGUGGAAUCAGAGGGUGACGACAUGGAGUCUCUUCUUUUCCACUUCCUAGAUGACUGGUUAUACAAGUUUAGUGCAGACCUCUUCUUUGUUCCCAGGGAGAUCAAAGUUUUGCACAUAGACAGAAUGCGCUUCAGGAUCCGCUCCAUUGGUUGGGGUGAAGAAUUCUCUCUGGCAAAGCAUCCACAGGGAACUGAGGUGAAAGCCAUCACAUACUCCGCAAUGCAGAUCCACGAUAAAGAAAAACCAGAGAUAUUUACCAUAAUUGAUAUCUGACGAUACCUCCAGAGGCACCACACUCCUGGUUCAUUGGAACUGGAAUAUCUACAUGGCUAAUUUAAGUGGCCUUUUAUCUAAUGCAUUGAUUAUUGAUUUGUAAAAUCUGGUUUUCUACUUGUAGGGUGAAGCAUUUCUUGUGAUUAUGGAUGCACACAGUACAGUGGAAGAGCUCUCUGACAGAUUACAGAUGAGUGAUAUGACAUUGAUAUCUUAUGAGUUGCAUUAUUUCAGAAAUCACAAAACCUUUAAUAUAAAUAAGACUUCUGAGAAUGGCAAGGAUAUGUAGGGAAAUACAUUUCACGGAUAUAACAGAACUAUUUAUUUAGUCAUUAUUGAAACGUAAAACUGAUUUAGAACAAUGUGUACUUUUUAACACAUCUGUUAUCCCAGUUUUACUUGAAAUGCUUUUGCAAAUUCUUAUUAUUUAUCACAAAUUUGAAAUUUGUAUGCCUUUUAUUAAUCAUUGUAAGUCAAUCAACACAUGUUUAUUUUUUUCUGCUUUGGGAUUGAUUAAAUGAUUACUGGUACUUCAAAGUAAAAUCUCACUUUUGAA